GCCCUUGUAGGGUGCUCUCAGUCAGCAGCGCACAGUGCUUGGGCCUCAACUUGUUUGCUACUUACGAAGCUGGCUCAUUGGCUUAAGUGUGCACUUCAACUUGUUGCAGCCAAGCAAACCGCCGCAAUCGCUGUGAGUUGCUCGUCGUGUUCGGGCUCUUGGUGUGGUGAGGUGCGUGUCGAUUUACGCAGAGAACGCAUGAUACAAAAAUAGAACGGAUACAAACAUACACACCAAUGAGAAAGUUAAUUAAGUGAAUUCCACAAAAAAAUAUCAAAAUCAAUAAAACAAAGGAUCUCAGUGAGCAAGUGAUACAUACUAAAAUUUAAUUUUGUAAAAGUACAAAAAAGGGUCUUGCUUUUGCGUGCGUACCAAAUAAGUGAAAUUUUCGGUGGAAAUAAUUUUUUGUUUUUAUAAACUUUCACCGCUUGUUGGCGACAUUUAGUUGCAUUUGUCGAUAUAACACUUGGCUUUUGUUGUUGAACUCAAUAUCAGUAAAAACUCAAAUUAAACAAGUGCAGUUAUGCUGCAGCUCCUGCUGCUUUUUACUUUACUACUCCCUUACGUCUGUCACUCUCAAGUGCCGGCAUCUCCUUGCGAGUCGCGUUUCAGCUACGUACACGAGGGCAAUGAAUACUUUGGCCAAAUCAAAUUGGAUCGCUUGGAAAGAGGACGCACCGAGAUUAAAGUGGCAUUCUCGCAACGUGAUCCAUUAACUUCCAACUACUACGGCCAUAUUACACCAUAUCCGGAAGGGCCACUGCAAGUGAACCGAGUACCGGCCUUAUUUCGGGUUCAUUUUCCGAACCCGAGCAAACCUCCGAAAUUAACUAAACUCAGCAUCAAUGGAAAUGUAAUCUGUUCUAGCUCUCGAUAUUCAGCGCCAAGCAGUUGGUUUGAGCUAACAUACACUGUAAAUGCCCACGGUGGAAACCCAUCUCCCCAAACAAUAGUGGAAACACCGACCUACGCAACGGCACCCCCAACUUACACCACCUGGGCCCAACUACUACACAACUACACUACGGUGCCAGAAAGACCAGUGUCCACGCGUGCACCGAGCACCGCAUCCCCACCACCCAUGACAUUCUCCAAUAUCUUUCUUACGGAACGCUUUCAGCAAAAUACCACUUUUACCUGCGGCACUGAAGGUAAUGUCGUCCGUCCGUUCCUACAUGGCGGCAAAGAGUUGGUUCGCGGACAAUUUCCUUGGAUGGCAGCAGUUUAUCGUAAGGAGACAGUGCAUAGCCUAUCUUACAUUUGUGGCGGCACAUUAUUGUCGCAACGAAGUGUUGUCUCAGCAGCGCAUUGUUUUCAAAACCUGCCUGCCACACAGGUGGCACUCUUUCUCGGUCGCACAAAUUUGGAGAGUUUUAGUGAGGAUGGAUUUGUCACGCGCGAUGUUGAACGUUUGAUUAUACAUCCGGAUUAUAAUAGUCUGCCAGACGCGGAUAUUGCAGUGAUGCGUAUGGCGGCUAUAAGCAGUUACACCGAUUUCAUUCGUCCCAUUUGCCUGUGGACAGAGUCGACACAAGUCUCACGCGUCGUUGGCCUCUCGGGUACUGUAGCUGGUUGGGGCUCCAAUGAGAAUGGCCAGCUCGUCUCACCGAUCGCCAAGAGAGCACAAGUGAAAAUCGUUAGCGAAGUGGAUUGCAUACGCUCUUCGGCGGUUUUCUCCAAAUUAGUAACGAGCCGCACAUUUUGUGCCGGGAAUCGCGAUGGUGUGGGGCCCUGCAUGGGCGAUUCGGGCAGCGGUUUGGUACUACAACGCAACAACCGUUGGAUGCUGCGCGGCAUAGUGUCUUUUGGGCAGACUAAUCGAGGACAGUGCAACCUGUACGAAUAUGUGGUGUACGUUGAUGUGGCGCAGCAUUUAAAUUGGCUAGAAGAUAAUAUAUAAAUGAUGUGAAGACAAACAGUUUAA